AUGGCCAUGAGCGUCGUCCAGGCCGCGGUCGCUCCCGCGCGCCUCACCGUGCCCCCCCGCGCGCGGACCCGGGCGCUCCCCGCGCGGACCCGGGCGCUUCCCGCGCGCCGAGCCCGCGUCGUCCCCCGCGCCUCCGCCGACGGCGCCGCAGAGGAGGUCGCCAAGGAGGUCAAGGAGGCCCUCGACGGAUCCAGCCUCUUCCUCGUCGGGAUGAUGGGCACGGGGAAGUCAUCCGUGGGCAAGAAGCUCGCGGCGUCGCUCGGAUACUCCUUCUUCGACACCGACGAGGUCAUCGAGCAGGUCACCAAGACCACCAUCCCGGAGAUCUUCGCCGAGUCCGGCGAGGACGGCUUCCGGGAGAUCGAGACGCAGGUGCUCGCAGAGAUCGCCGCGUACAAAAAGUGCGUGGUGGCGACGGGCGGCGGCGUCGUCAAGAAGAAGGCCAACUGGAUGCACCUGCGCAACGGCGUCGUGCUCUGCCUGACCGGCACCCCGACGCUGCUCGCCGCGCGGAUCACGCGGGACGGCGCGGAGACCAGGCCGCUGUUCAAGGAUGUCGGCGACGACGUCGACGCCAUCGCGGCUAAGGUUGAGGAGAUGAUGAAGGAGCGAGCGCCAAUGUACGCAAACGCCGACGUUCAGGUGAGGUUGGCGGAGGCGGAUGGCGCGCCGGGUGUGGAGGGCGAGACCCUGGACGAGCUCAACGUGCGGAUCAUGCGGUGCGUCCGGAAGAGGAUCGAGGACGACGACACCAAGGACAGGCUCCGGUCCGAGCCCAAGCCCGGCGACAUCACGAUCACCGGUGCGUGA